CUGUGCUUCAGUGUAGCUGAGCACUGAGAACAGAGCAGAGCGAUGCCAUGCUGGCCAGUCGGAGAGUCAUGUCCACUGUGGGCCAUCUGCCUCGUGGGGCUCAGGACACUAAUACCGUGUGUGCUAGCAAUUUGUGUGUGAGCGAUGUGUGCCGUGUAUGGUUCUGUGUUCUGUCUGGAGUAUACGAGGGGCAGGGGGACACAUGCGAGCAGAGAAGUGUUCCGCAGAGGAACCGUGGCCGAACACGGUCAAAGCAGAAGGAUGGACAGAGUGAAAUGUCUCCCUUGUCCCCACUGUCCCCGGCACCUGAGGAUGAGCUCUUCUCUUGGCCCGGUCCCAAAACCUUACACCUACACCGAACUUCACAAGGCUAUGGCUUCACGCUCCGCCACUUCAUUGUCUACCCACCCGAGUCUGCCGUAUACUCGUUCAAGGAUGAAGACAAUGGAAGUCGAGGGAAACAACGGGGUCGUCUGGAACCAAUGGACACCAUCUUUGUGAAGCAGGUGAAGGAAGGAGGCUCUGCCCACCAGGCGGGACUUUGCACAGGUGAUCGUUUAGUGAAAGUGAAUGGAGAGAGCAUCAUUGGAAAAACUUAUUCACAAGUAAUCGCCCUCAUCCAGAACAGUGACUCAUUUUUGGAGCUCUCUGUAAUGCCUAAAGAUGAAGACAUUUUACAGUUGUUCUCCCGAGAUAUCACCGCUUUGGCCUACUCCAAAGAUGCAUACCUCAUGGGGAAUGAGGCCUUCAGUGGAAAUGUAAAGAACAUUCCAGAACCUCCUCCCAUGUGCUACUCACAGAUAGAGCCCAACACUUCAGGGAUGACCCAAUCCAAGGAGCCUUCUGCACCCUCUGGAAGUCAGGUGGUAGUAUCACAGAGGGUUGUGUUGGAGGAAUCUGGGACAGGUUUCAACCAUGAUGUGGGCUACCGUGUGGAGAUCUCUGAUUCUUCUCCAGCUCAUUGUUCCUUGCAUAUCCCCUGUGAUGAAUGUGUGCAUAGUAAAAGUGUAGAGUUGCCAGAGACUGUGCUUUUAGAGUCUCCUGAAUGUAACCAGUGUAGCUCUACCCCUAAACACGGGGCUGAGGAGGACAAACACAAAGCACUUAAUACAACCUUUCAGAAGAUUUAUCCUUCAGUCCGUCCAAGAUCUCAAACCACACCCUGCUCUUCUUUUGGAAGGGGAGCACUGUUACACUACAUGCCAAAAAGACCUCCUGAAUGUGCCGGAUUGUCUACACACACACCUAUACACACUGCAUCCCAUCUUGACUCUUCCCUCAGAGAAACACUCGUGCACUACUCAGCAAAAAGACUGUUGGAAUACUCUUAUACUCCAUCCCACCCAAACCUCACAGGCAGUAGACCAAGCACUUAUAUCCCAUCUCCAGUUGCUGCCUCAACCCCUUGCUCCCCAAUGCACCAGAACAUUGACUGGAGAAAUUACACCACUUACAAAGAAUACAUUGACAACAAAAGGCUCUAUACUUACGGCAGCAGGACUAUCCAGGAGCGACUAGACAGCUUGCGUGCAGCAAGCCAUGCGAGCAAUGCAAACACAAGCUUGGAGCUGGUAGGGAAUGUAAAUGGAGCCAGGCAAACACAGGAAAGCUUAUGUGACAAGCAAGGUCAUGCCGGUUCUAGGGUUCCCUCACUAAGAAGCAUCUCUCAGGAAAGACUGGAAGGGAAGGAACGUGGGCCACGGGGUUGGCAUCGAAGUGUAUCACAAGAUGCACUUUCUUCAUACACAAAGAAUAUUUACAAACCUCGGGCACUAUCUUGCGACUAUCUGGGCAGACAGGGUGAAAGCACUGUGUCGUUAAUGGACAGAAGGGUAUUUGGAAGGCCACGAAUUUGCACCGUGGAGGAGGCUAGAGGCUGUGGGCAGUCAGACUCACUAAGCAAGGUGGUGCAGACUCAUAGAACCAUAAGUGGGUAUUACAGUUUGCCAAGAGUCAACUUUAAAUCUAAUGGUACAGAUUCAGUCCUAAGCUCCAGGAUGGGUACUUUAGGUAUCUCUUCUCCUACUAGGCAACUUCCUUCACAGACUUCCAUACCGGAUGAUUCCUAUGUGGCCAAGGCUCUUGCAUCCUUAAACACCUUGAAAGACCAAAGAUUUUCUCCAGUUUUCAAUCACAAGGACCAAGGUAAGACCCACCUGGAGCACACUGCCUCUUGCCCUGACCACUCCAAAGGUAAAACGACUGAAUUGGGUGGCAAUUCAGUGUCCACUAAUGGUUCAGUUCUUGAAGGUAUUGAGGGUCCAGAAGUGAUGGUGGUAGUGAAAAGAGAUAAAUUUAAGAAAUCAUGCCCUCAACCCUUCAGACACCCAUCGUAUAUUCAGGCUGUGAACGAGGAAGCAAGGGGAAUAAAGAAAAUUACUGAAAUGUCAACCUGUUGGAUAAACAAUGAUGUCAUGCAAGAUGGGUACAUCAAAAAACUUGGAGGGGAACAGAAAACCUUGGGAAGAAGGAAGCUUCAUGACUCACUUGACUCAAUCCCCUUUAUAGAUGAACCGUCCAGUCCCAGUAAUGAGCCGGAGAGUGCUCACUUGCCUUCAUGUUCCAUAAUUUCUCCAGUUCCACCAAAAGUCACCUCCUCCUCUGUGGUUGUCCUUCAACGACAACUUUCCCAUGACCAAGACUCGUUGCGAUUCACAAUUCUGGAUUCUGAUUCCGGUGCCAAAACAGAACGCUCCAAGUCCUGUGAUGAGGGAUUGGACAACUUCCGGGAAAAAGGCAGUAGGACACUGAUGAAGAACAUUGCUACUGUGAAAGGCCUAAAAACUUCUGUGGAUCGGUCCUCUGAAGACACAUCAGGAGGCUCGACGAGGAACUCUCCAACUGAUGUCUUCACUGAUGCUACUAAGGAGGGAAUACUGCACUUCCGCCAGCUCGGCUCAGACAAGGGAAAGCGUGUAGGCAGUGGCAUACGACCAUGGAAGCAGAUGUAUGCUGUGCUACAUGGCCGCUCCCUCUAUCUAUAUAAGGACAGGAAAGAGGGGCAAAACCAAACCAUGCAAAAGGAGGAGGAGCCUUUACAAAUUAGCAUUAAGGCCUGCUUGAUUGACAUUUCAUACAGCGAUACGAAACGGAAAAAUGUGCUGAGGCUGACCACGUCCGACUGUGAGUACCUGUUCCAGGCAGAGGACAGGGAGGACAUGCUCGCCUGGAUUCGAGCCAUUCAGGAGAACAGUAACCUGGAUGAAAAGAAUACACUAAUUACAAGUACCGACCUUAUUAAUCGCAAAAUCAGGGAGUACAACAAUCUAAUGAGUCCAACCAGCAGUAAGGCAGAAGUGUCUAUGAAAUCUUCCCGUCAGUCUCUGAGUAUCAGACACACUUUGCUGGGAGGGAAAGGAGAGAACAAAACACCAAGCCCGAACUCACCUAACAAGGACCUGGAGAGAAGAAUUCUACAAAAAGAUGAAACGAGCUCACCCAAGGAUAAGGGAUGGAGGAACCUCAUGAGGAAGCCUUUUGAGAAGAAGGUUGCUCCUGGAGUCACGUUCGGAGUGAGACUGGAUGACUGUCCUCCUGCUCAUAACAACAGAUUUGUACCCCUGAUCGUGGAUGUAUGCUGUAAGCUGGUGGAAGAAAGGGGGCUCGAAUACACAGGUAUUUACAGAGUACCAGGAAACAAUGCUGCCAUCUCCAGCAUGCAGGAGGAACUGAACAGAGGAGUGGGAGAGAUUGAUCUACAUGAGGAUAAAUGGAAGGACCUGAAUGUGAUAAGCAGUUUGCUGAAGUCGUUCUUUCGAAAACUCCCAGAGCCACUCUUCACCAAUGAGAAAUACAGUGAUUUUAUUGAAGCAAACAGAACUGAAGAUCCAGUGGAAAGGCUUAAAUUGCUGAAAAGACUGCUUCACGAGUUGCCAGAUCAUCACUAUGAGACCCUCAAAUUUCUUUCUGCACACCUUAAAACAGUGGCUGAGAACUCAGAAAAAAACAAGAUGGAGCCACGGAACCUGGCUAUAGUGUUUGGUCCCACACUGGUGCGCACGUCUGAGAAUAACAUGACCCACAUGGUGACCCACAUGCCUGAUCAGUACAAGAUCGUAGAGACACUCAUCCAGCAGUAUGAUUGGUUCUUCGGUGAUGAUGGUGACGAGGAGCCAGAGACGGUGGUCCAAACAGAUAGUGCAAUUGAGACUCAGCCUGUUCCAAACAUCGACCACCUGCUCACCAACAUUGGCCGCACCAGCACCCCUCCAGGCGAAGUAUCAGAUUCACCACCUACUGAUUCUGCCAAAUCAAAGAGCUCGUUAGGGUCCUGGAAGGACCAGUACAGCCACGAGCUGGUCUCCUCCAUCUUUGCUGCAGCUAACCGCAAACAACGAAAGGCCAGGGAGAAGCUGCAGGCCAGCAGCUCAGAAGAUGAUCUUGAUUCUGUCUUCUCUGAGAAAGAGCUUCAGAACCUGAAAGAGAAAGUUGUACCAGGAGACACCACCAAGUUAAGAGAGAAGCAUGAUGCUGAAGAAUCCCUAAAGACAUUUAAAAAUCGCAAAGAGUUCAGAAAUUCUAUCUUUAGGAAGCUGCCUGUGAAGCCCCCAGACUGGCAGAAAGGUUCCCGAAUUGCAGAUCUUUCUAAAGUAUCUAAAUCAGACCCGCCAUCUCAGGUGGAUGACCAAACCUCUGACCUUGGUACAAUGAGCUCAUCAACAUCUGGGCCUAGGAAUAGGUCAAGGAUUUGUGAUCCAUCAGCUUUUUCUGUUUUUGAUCUCCCUCAAUCAGGUCCUGUGGGAGGAUCAGCAACAGCCGAAGUAAGUUCCAUCACCUCGGACUACUCAACUACGUCCUUCAUGACCUUUCUGACGGGGGCGGAGUCGAGUGCCAUUAGUUCAGAUAUACAGAGCCGUGGUGGAGACGAGGCCGAUGAUGAGUGCAGUGAGCUCAUCAGUGAGGGACGACACCUAGAGACAGAUAGUGAGACUGAGUUUGGCGAUUUCACCCAAGGAGGUGCUUCUCCUGUUCCAACUUGGAAAAUUCCUGGAAAGAGCAAGUCUACUUCAGCAUGGGACCUUCUAAAAAAUCGACGCCUCCUGCCCAGGCUGAUAGACCACGACAUGUCCAAAAAGCAGUCUUUGCAGCAGAAGACAGACAGCGAGUCUUCGUUAGAGGUUAGACCUGGUAAAGAGAGGGAUAGGAUGAGUCGAAGCGAACCUAGCCGACUGUCUCGUGUUCUAGAGGCAGUCAAAAAGGGGCGUUCCACGGGAAGCCUAAACUCCACCCCGCCCCAAUCUGAGACAGUAAAGCGGCCAAGCAUUGCAGAAAGGUUAAGAUCACACCUUCACCGGUCAGCAGAUGACAUGUUUGGGAUUAGCAGCCGCAAAAAUAGCACUAAGAGGGAGAAAAGAGUACGGCGGCGUCAUACCCUUGGUGGCCAGCGGGAUUUCAAAGAGCUAGCCGUGAUUAAUGACUGGCGUGAGCAAGGUGGCACUGAGAAGAAGGCAGAGCUUUCAGAUGUGGACCAGCUCAGCCCUCAAAACCUUAGAGAAGUUUCCAUUUGUGAUGGAAUCACUCAUGAGCUCUGUCAUGCUGCCAGUUUGAAAGGAUCAAAGGUGACAGAAAAGGAUUUAAGUCGGAUUUCAAUUGCACCGAGUAACCAGUCAAGUAUGAAUCAAUUAAAUGGUGGUAAACCAAAAUGCAAAGGCAAAGCCAACCUGAAUCUGGGCACCGAAUCUCACCCACAUAAACUCACGGGGACACAAGUGGUCCGGUCCCAGUUUUACCAAUGUCUGUGAUAAUGUCUGCAAUGAUAACGUCUGCAUUAGUGUCUUGUGUGUGGUGUUGCAUGAAGCAAUGAGAGAAUGAUGAAAGUCAAUAUAAAUGUUGAUAGAGGUACUGCACUAAAUUUUGUAUUCCUCAAACCCCUUUCCCUAUUUUUUAACUAAGUGUUGUUU